AUUUUCUGGUUAAUUUUUUGGGGAUUAUUUGGGGGUGUUUAGAGGGAUGGGGUUCAUUGGCAGUUUCUUUGAAAUCAUUGGCUUCGCAUUCGGUAUUCCAAUAGGUCUCUUUCUGGGUUAUCUUCUGUUCAUCUACUUCGAGCCCACUGAUGUCAAGGAACCAAUUGUUAGGCCACUUUAUGAGUUAGAUGCAAACACUUUGAAUGAUCUUUUAGCAGAUAUUCCACUAUGGGUGAAGUAUUCGGAUUAUGAACGAGUUGAUUGGUUGAACAAGUUUGUAUGUGAUAUGUGGCCUUACCUUGAUAAGGCUAUAUGCAGUAGAAUAAGGAGCAUUGCAGCACCAAUAGUUGCUGAGUACAUUGGGAAGUUUCACAUUGAAUCGAUUGAUUUUGAGAGUCUAACUCUCGGGUCUCUUCCUCCUACUAUUAAUGGGAUUAAAGUGUAUGAUAGCAAUGAGACGGAACUAGUUAUUGAACCGGUUAUUAGAUGGGCUGCGAAUCCCAACAUUAUUCUUGUGUUGAAACUGUUGUCUCUACGAAUUACAGUGCAGCUGGUGGAUUUACAAAUAUUUGCAGCACCCCGUUUAACUUUGAAGCCACUUGUUCCAAGCUUUCCAUGCUUUGCAAGCAUUGUAGUAUCUUUAAUGGAAAAGCCACAUAUCGAUUUUGGAUUGAAAUUGCUAGGAGGGGAUAUCAUGGCCAUCCCUGGCCUUUAUCGAUUUGUUCAGGAAACUAUCAAAAGAGAAGUUGGAAGACGUUACCUGUGGCCCCAAAUCCUUGAAAUACCCAUUCUUGACAGCUCAAUUCUGUUGAAGAAGCCUGUAGGCAUAUUGCAUGUUAAGGUUAUACGGGCAGUCAAACUCUUGAAGAUGGACUUCUUGGGAACAUCUGAUCCAUAUGUGAAACUCAGCUUGACUGGUGAGAAGUUGCCGGCAAAGAAAACCACUGUCAAGAUGAAGAAGUUGAAUCCCGAGUGGAAUGAAGAGUUCAAGCUUGUUGUAAAAGACCCUGAGUCUCAAGCCCUUCAGUUACAUGUGUAUGACUGGGAUAAGGUUGGCUCCCAUGACAAGUUGGGAAUGCAAGUAGUACCACUGAAAUUACUUUCUCCACAUGAGGCAAAGGAAUUUACGCUUGAUUUGCUCAAGAAUGUUAAUCCAAAUGAUCCACAAAAUAAGAAACGAAGAGGGCAAAUUAUGGUGGAGCUGACCUUUAAGCCUUUCAUAGAAGACAUUGACAGGUUUAAUGGACCUCUGGACGGAUCCAUGAAGAAGGAAAGUAUGAGAAGAAGGGCACAAGACGAAGUUGUGUCCAAUGGACCAGGGGUAAUUUUGGUCACUGUCCGAGGUGCUGUGGAUGUUGAGGGGAAGGAUCACAACAACCCUUAUGCGCGAAUACUUUUUAGAGGGGAGAGAAGGAAAACUAAGAUGUUAAAGAAAACCCGGGAUCCAUCUUGGAACGAAGAAUUCCAGUUCAUGUUAGAAGAAGUCCCUAUAAAUGAGAAGAUCCAUAUUGAAGUUAUGAGCAAACGGUCAGGCUUCAGUUUCAGACACAAGGAAUCAUUAGGUUAUGUGGACAUCAAUCUUACAGAUGUUGUCAAUAAUGGGCGCAUCAAUGAGAAAUAUAAUCUGAUUGAAUCAAAGAAUGGAGUGAUACACAUUGAGAUACAGUGGAAUACCAUUUGAAGGAAUGCGGUGUAAUGUACAAUCCUUGUUUACAAAUAUAUCAUUUUUUGUAGGUUUUUUCAAUUAUUUCUUAUAUAACUGUGAACAUUCUUUUGAAUUGUUAACAACAUACACAAUAAAAAUAUUAAAUAUAUUUCAAAUUCAUGAUUG